UUGCAGAGUUACUCCUUUCUUUUCUCUGUCUCGUCAUAGCGACUACCAAUCUGACACCAUGUUAUGUUUGUUCCUUAUAUAAUGACAAACCGGGGCGUAGGUUUAACUACUUUUAAUGAACAUAUACUUGAGCUAGAAAACUCCAUGUUUAGCCAUGCAAGGCAUUCUUUAACCAACUCCCGCGCCCGCAUAGCCUGCUGGUUAAGGUAGUCUAAAUGUUAUUAACACAUAACAACACAAGCACUUGAGUUUUAGUUUAUACAUUUUGAGGAAUCUCCAGUUUCAAGAAUCAAAACAUAAACAUGGGAUCUCACGAAAUGGCAGAAGAACUGAAACACAUGAACAAGUAUAAGUCCAUCAUAAAGCGGGUGGGGCGAAACCAUGGAGUGGCGCCAUCCGUCAUAGCUGGUAUCAUCUCACGAGAGACCAGGGCUGGGACAGGAGCAGGACUGGACAAUGGUUGGGGGGACAAUGGAAAUGCAUUUGGACUCAUGCAGGUUGACAAAAACUAUCACCGUCCACGGGGGAGAUGGGACAGUGAGGAACAUCUGAGUCAAGCAACUGGGAUUCUCGUUGAUAUAAUCGGAUCGGUCCAGAAAAAAUUCCCUUCAUGGACCGAAGAGCAGCAGCUGAGAGGAGGAUUAGCAGCGUACAAUAUGGGGCUGGAUAAUGUCCACUCAUACAGCGAAGUGGACAAGAAGACCACUGGGGGGGACUACUCCAAGGAUGUUCUUGCCAGAGCUCAAUUUUACAAAAGCAAUGAUUAUUAAAGUCAACUCAGUGGUUACCUCCAAGUCUUCAAUUAAGACCAUUGUGAAGAAAAUGACAUAGUAGAGGAUAUCUCAUUGAAACUUAGGCUGAUGUUUAAUUGUUAAUUAUGAUCCAUUAAUCCAGUUUUUACCAAUCCUUGUCCUAUGGUGCACAUUUUUCUUUUGGCCUAGCAGUAACACACUUGAGUCAACUCAUCAUCAAACUUUAAGUUGGGAAGCACAGAUUUAUAACGUUCUAGUUCAUGUGAUUUUCCAAUGUAAUGAGAAAUGUUUCUGACCUAUUUGUGCUCCCUGCGAUUGUCUUCCACCAUCACUAUGUAUUGAAAUAACAUGACAAGCUACAACCUUAAAAAUUAAACGUAUGA